GAGAAAAAACCCGGAGCCGAGCCGCCUUCGGCCCCAGCGAGGCGGCCACGGCCUCAGCCGGGGGAGUCCUCCCUGAAGCGCGCCGGAGCGGGGAGUAAUCGAGCGAGCGCGCGGGCCGGAGCGAGCCUCCAGGGGCCGCGGCCCCGGCCCGCCCCGCCGUCGGCCUGGGCGUCCGCGCUGGAGGCGGUAGAGGCGCCCCCACCCCCACCCCGCGCCGCGCCGCCGCCCCCUCCCCUCCCAGUGCCGGCGGAGGCUGAGGGACGGGUCGGGGGGCUCCCGCAGGAGGGCUGUUGGCCUGCUGCUGUGCUGCUGAACAGUAUGCAGUCCUUUCGGGAGCAAAGCAGUUACCACGGAAACCAACAGAGCUACCCUCAGGAGGUACACAGCUCAUCCCGUGUAGAAGAGUUCAGCCCUCGUCAAGCCCAGAUGUUCCAGAAUUUUGGGGGAGCAAAUAGUGGUAGUGGUGGCACUGGCAGCAACAGUAGUGGACGGCGAGGAACAGCAGCUGCUGCUGCAGCAAUGGCUAGCGAGACCUCUGGCCAUCAAGGCUACCAGGGUUUCAGGAAAGAAGCUGGAGAUUUUUACUACAUGGCAGGCAACAAAGACCCUGUGGCAGCAGGAACCCCACAGCCUCCUCAGCGAAGGCCUUCUGGUCCUGUGCAGAGCUACGGACCUCCCCAGGGGAGCAGCUUUGGCAAUCAGUAUGGGAGUGAGGGUCAUGUGAGCCAAUUUCAAGCACAGCACUCUGCCCUUGGUGGUGUGUCUCAUUAUCAGCAGGAUUACACAGGGCCUUUCUCUCCUGGGAGUGCUCAGUAUCAACAGCAGGCCUCCAGCCAACAGCAGCAGCAACAGCAACAGCAGCAGCAACAACAGCAGCAACAGCAGCAAGUACAGCAGUUGAGACAACAGCUUUACCAAUCCCAUCAACCUCUGCCCCAAGCCACUGGACAGCCAGCUUCUGGCUCAUCUCAUCUACAACCAAUGCAGCGGCCCUCCACUCUGCCAUCUUCUGCUGGUUAUCAGUUAAGAGUGGGUCAGUUUGGCCAACACUACCAGUCUUCUGCUUCCUCCUCUUCCUCUUCCUCCUUUCCUUCACCACAGCGUUUCAGUCAGUCUGGACAAAGCUAUGAUGGCAGUUACAGUGUGAAUGCUGGAUCCCAGUAUGAAGGUCAUAAUGUGGGUUCUAAUGCACAGGCUUAUGGCACACAAUCAAAUUAUAGCUAUCAGCCUCAGACUAUGAAGAAUUUUGAACAGGCAAAGAUUCCAGCAGGAACCCAGCAGGGGCAGCAGCCCCAGCAGCAACAACAACAACAACAGCCACAACCUCAGCAACAGCAGCAGCAACAACAGCAACAUGCCCCCCAGCAUGUGAUGCAGUACACCAAUGCUGCCACCAAGCUGCCCCUGCAGACCCAGGUGGGGCAGUACAAUCAGCCUGAGGUUCCUGUAAGGUCCCCUAUGCAGUUUCACCAGAACUUCAGCCCUAUUUCUAACCCUUCUCCAGCUGCUUCUGUGGUUCAAUCUCCAAGCUGUAGCUCUACCCCUUCUCCUCUCAUGCAGAGUGGUGAGAAUCUUCAGUGUGGGCAAGGCAGUGUGCCCAUGAGUUCCAGAAACCGAAUUUUACAGCUAAUGCCCCAACUCAGUCCAACCCCAUCAAUGAUGCCUAGUCCUAAUUCUCAUGCUGCAGGAUUCAAAGGGUUUGGAUUAGAAGGUGUGCCAGAAAAGCGAUUGACAGAUCCUGGGUUGAGUAGUUUGAGUGCUCUGAGUACACAAGUGGCCAAUCUUCCUAAUACUGUCCAGCACAUGUUACUUUCUGAUGCCUUGACACCUCAGAAGAAGACUUCCAAGAGGCCCUCAUCAUCAUCUAAGAAAGCAGAUAGCUGUACAAACUCAGAAGGCUCUUCACAGCCUGAAGAACAACUAAAGUCUCCUAUGGCAGAGUCAUUGGAUGGAGGUUGCUCCAGUAGUUCAGAAGAUCAAGGUGAGAGAGUGAGGCAACUAAGUGGUCAGAGCACGAGCUCUGACACCACCUACAAAUGUGGAGCUUCAGAGAAAGCUGGCUCCUCUCCAACACAAGGUGCUCAGAAUGAGGCCCCUAGGCUUAGUACCAGUCCUGCAGCUAGGGAAGAAGCUGCCUCUCCAGGUGCUAAGGACUCACCGCUGACUGAGGGAAACACAAAAGUCAAUGAGAAGACAAUUGGGGUGAUUGUCUCCCGGGAAGCCAUGACAGGUCGGGUAGAAAAAUCUGGUGGACAAGAUAAAGGAUCCCAAGAGGAGGAUCCUGCUGCCAGUCAGAGGCCACCUAGCAAUAGUGGUACAAAGGAAGCCAGCCACACAUCACUUUCACAACCAGAUCCUCCAGGAGGAGGGAACAAAGGAAACAAGAAUGGUGAUAAUAGCUCCAGCCACAAUGGAGAGGGGAAUGGCCAGAGUAGCCACUCUGCAGUAGGCCCAACUUUCACAGGCAGGACGGAGCCUAGCAAAUCACCUGGAAGUUUGCGCUACAGUUACAAAGAGAGUUUUGGGUCAGCUGUACCACGAAAUGUCAGUGGUUUUCCUCAGUAUCCUUCAGGACAAGAAAAGGGGGAUUUUGCUAGCCAUGGGGAACGAAAGGGUAGAAAUGAGAAGUUUCCAAGCCUCCUACAGGAAGUACUUCAGGGUUACCACCACCAUCCUGACAGAAGGUAUCCUAGAAGUGCUCAGGAACAUCAAGGGAUGACUAGUGCUCUGGAAGGAACUGCAAGGCCCAACAUCUUAGUCAGUCAAACCAAUGAAUUAGCCAGCAGGGGCCUUCUGAACAAGAGCAUCGGAUCCCUGUUAGAAAAUCCCCAUUGGGGACCAUGGGAAAGGAAGUCAAGCAGCACCGCUCCUGAAAUGAAACAGAUCAAUUUGUCUGACUAUCCCAUUCCCAGAAAGUUUGAGAUAGAACCUCCAUCAUCAGCCCAUGAGCCUGGGAGUUCCCUUUCUGAAAGGAGGUCAGUGAUCUGUGAUAUUUCUCCACUAAGACAGAUUGUCAGGGAUCCAGGGGCUCACGCAUUGGGACACAUGGGUGCUGAUGCCCGAAUUGGGAGGAAUGAGCGUCUCAACCCAAGUUUGAGUCAGUCAGUCAUUCUUCCAGGUGGGUUGGUGUCCAUGGAAACAAAGCUGAAAUCCCAGAGUGGGCAGAUAAAAGAGGAAGACUUUGAACAGUCCAAAUCUCAAGCUAGUUUCAACAAGAAAUCUGGAGACCACUGCCAUUCUACCAGCAUCAAGCAUGAGUCUUAUCGUGGCAAUGUCAGCCCUGGAGCAGCAGCCCAUGAUUCCAUUUCAGACUAUGGCCCCCAAGAUAGUAGGUCCACACCAAUGAGGCGGUUGCCUGGUAGAGUUGGUAGCCGGGAGACUAUGAGGGGUCGGUCUUCUUCUCAGUACCAUGACUUUGCAGAAAAGCUGAAGAUGUCUCCAGGCAGGAGCAGAGGUCCAGGGGGAGACCCUCAUCAUAUGAACCCACACAUGACUUUUUCAGAGAGGGCCAAUAGGAGUUCUUUACAUGCUCCCUUUUCUCCCAACUCAGAAAGCCUGGCCUCUGCUUACCACACAAACACCAGGGCUCAUGCUUAUGGGGACCCUAAUACUGGUUUGAAUUCCCAGCUCCAUUAUAAGAGACAGAUAUACCAACAGCAACAAGAGGAGUAUAAAGAUUGGACCAGCAGUUCUGCUCAGGGAGUGAUUGCUGCUGCACAACAUAGGCAAGAAGGGCCACGGAAGAGCCCUCGGCAGCAGCAGUUUCUUGACAGAGUACGGAGCCCCCUGAAAAAUGACAAAGAUGGUAUGAUGUAUGGCCCACCAGUAGGGACGUACCAUGAUCCAAGCACUCAGGAAGCUGGGCGCUGUCUCAUGUCUAGUGAUGGUUUGCCUACCAAAGGCAUGGAAUUGAAGCACAGCUCUCAGAAGUUACAAGAGUCUUGUUGGGAUCUUUCUCGGCAGACUUCUCCAGCCAAAAGCAGUGGUCCUCCAGGAAUGUCUAAUCAGAAAAGGUAUGGGCCACCCCAUGAGACAGAUGGACAUGUACUAACUGAAUCUACACAGUCAUCCAAACCUAGUAAUGUAAUGCUGCGGCUUCCAGGUCAAGAAGAUCAUUCUUCUCAAAAUCCCUUAAUCAUGCGGAGGCGGGUCCGUUCUUUUAUCUCUCCCAUUCCCAGUAAGAGACAGUCCCAAGAUGUAAAAAACAGUAACACUGAUGAUAAAGGGCGCCUCCUUCACCCAUCCAAGGAAGGUGCUGAUAAGGCAUACAAUUCCUACACCCAUCUUUCUCACAGUCAGGAUAUCAAGUCUAUCCCGAAGAGAGAUGCCUCCAAGGAUCUUCCAAACCCAGACAAUAGAAACUGUCCUGCUGUUACCCUUACGAGCCCUGCUAAGACCAAAAUACUGCCUCCACGGAAGGGACGGGGAUUGAAAUUGGAAGCUAUAGUUCAGAAGAUCACAUCCCCAAAUAUUAGGAGGAGUGCAUCCACAAAUAAUGCUGAGGCUGGGGGAGACACAGUCACAUUGGAUGAUAUACUGUCUCUGAAGACUGGUCCUCCUGAAGGUGGGGCUGUGGUUACUCAAGAGACUGAGAUGGAGAAGAGAAAAGGCGAGGUUACUGACCUAGUCAGUGCAACUAACCAGGAAUUAAAUGUUGAAAAGCCUCUCCCAGGGCCUUCUGAAGACUGGCGUGGCAGUGGGGAUGAUAAAGUCAAGACCGAGGUACAUGCAGACACAGCUCCUACUGGAAAGGAACCUUCUGGGACUAUGACACCCACAGCUUCACAGAAGCCUGGUGGUAACCAAGGGAGACCAGAUGGUUCCCUGGGUGGGGCAGCACCACUAAUCUUUCCUGAUUCAAAGAAUGUAGCUCCAGUGGGCAUUUUGGCUCCUGAGGCAAACCCCAAGGCUGAAGAGAAAGAGAAUGAAACCGUCAUGAUUUCACCCAAACAAGAAAGUUUCCCCCCAAAAGGGUAUUUCCCAUCAGGAAAGAAAAAGGGGAGACCCAUUGGUAGUGUGAAUAAGCAAAAGAAGCAGCAGCAGCCACCACCUCCACCCACUCAACCUCCUCAGAUACCAGAAGGUUCUGCAGAUGGAGAGCCAAAGCCAAAAAAGCAGAGGCAAAGGAGGGAGAGAAGGAAGCCUGGGGCCCAGCCAAGGAAGCGGAAAACCAAACAAGCAGUUCCCAUCGUAGAACCUCAAGAACCAGAGAUCAAACUAAAGUAUGCUACCCAGCCUCUAGAUAAAGCUGAUGCCAAGAACAAAUCUUUUUUCCCUUAUAUCCAUGUAGUAAAUAAGUGUGAACUUGGAGCUGUUUGUACAAUCAUCAAUGCUGAAGAAGAAGAACAGACCAAAUUGGUGAGGAGCCGGAAGGGUCAGAGAUCUCUGACCCCUCCCCCCAGCAGCACAGAAAGCAAGGUGCUCCCAGCUUCAUCCUUUAUGCUACAGGGGCCUGUGGUAACAGAAUCUUCUGUUAUGGGACACCUGGUUUGUUGUCUCUGUGGCAAGUGGGCCAGUUACCGGAACAUGGGUGAUCUUUUUGGACCCUUUUAUCCCCAGGAUUAUGCAGCCACUCUUCCGAAGAAUCCACCUCCUAAGAGGUCCACAGAAAUGCAGAGCAAGGUCAAGGUUCGGCACAAAAGUGCUUCUAAUGGUUCUAAAACAGACACUGAGGAGGAGGAGGAGCAGCAGCAGCAGAAGGAGCAGAGGAGCCUGGCUGCUCAUCCUAGGUUCAAGCGGCGGCACCGCUCAGAAGACUGUGGUGGAGGCCCUCGGUCCCUGUCCAGGGGACUCCCUUGUAAAAAAGCAGCCACUGAGGGCAGCAGUGAAAAGGCUGUUUUGGACACAAAGCCCUCUGUACCUACCACUUCGGAAGGUGGUCCUGAGCUGGAGUUACAAAUUCCUGAACUACCUCUUGACAGCAACGAAUUUUGGGUCCAUGAGGGUUGUAUUCUCUGGGCCAAUGGAAUCUACCUGGUCUGUGGCAGGCUCUAUGGCCUGCAGGAAGCGCUGGAAAUCGCCAGAGAGAUGAAAUGCUCCCACUGCCAGGAGGCUGGCGCUACCUUGGGCUGCUACAACAAAGGCUGCUCCUUCCGAUACCAUUACCCAUGUGCCAUUGACGCAGAUUGUUUGCUGCAUGAGGAGAACUUCUCGGUGAGAUGCCCCAAGCACAAGCCUCCCCUUCCGUGCCCUCUCCUCCCCUUGCAGAACAAGACCGCGAAAGGCAGCCUCAGCACAGAGCAGUCGGAGCGGGGGUGAGGGGGGCAAUGUGCACGUGGGAAUGGACAGCAAGCACAGGUGAGACUGUGGAGAUGAGAAGGUGGUGGACACACAUGAUGGAAUGGAAUCCUUCUGCUGUGCAACCACACCCCACCUUGCCCUGCCCUGCACCCCCAUUGCGCCUGCCCAUGCCAGCACUUCCUUCCUAUGUUCUCACAUCACACUCAAACUGGUGACACCACAGGAAAGAAAGACACAAGAUGUUGGAAUGGCUGUUUCCAUGGACACAAUCUCCAUAGUGACAAUAUGGGGGAGG